UCUGUGAAGCGGGUUCCGACAUCUGAAUUACUAACUGAUAACUGAUAAGGGAGCUUCCAAUUAGAGAAAGGAAGGAGAAGACGAAAAAUGGAACUAGCCGUUAAAACCCGUUUCUGGGGUUUAAACUCCAAGUUAAUAAAUCACAAACGUACACUAGAUGUCGCCUUUCCAAAUAUUUCUUGCAAAUCAGCAGCUUUUUCCUAUCAAACAAGAGACUUAUCUCAAGGAUAUCGUGUUAGGUUAAGGGAAAGCCACAGAUGUUUUUCUCCUGUUUUUGUUGUACUAUCAGCUAAUCUACUUAAUUCAGGUGGACAAGAUGUUGAAGUAUCUUCUACUCAGUUUGAAGAAUUCUCAGUAAAAUCUUCAAGUACAAAUGAGGCUGGAGAACUAAGGAUCAGUGUAGAGAUAUCUGGUUCGAGAACUAGCGAAAUAUUUGACAACGUGUUUGACAAAAUGGUUGCUGCAGCGCAGCCAAUUCCUGGCUUCCGACGGGUAAAAGGAGGAAAGACACCAGAUAUACCUAGAGACGUUUUGUUAGAAGUCCUUGGACCUUCCAAAGUUUACAAGGAAGUGAUCAAGACAGUUAUUAACUCUACUGUAGCUGAGUAUGUUGAUAAGGAAGGUUUAAAAGUAAAUAAUGACUUGAGAGUCAAGCAGAGUUUUGAAGAGCUUGAAGAUAUGUUUGAACCAGAUGAAGAAUUCAGCUUUGAUGCAGUCCUUCAGCUUCAAGAAAUGAAUGAAUCAACAAAUUGAGACUUGAAAAAACAUUCUGUCUUUCUAUUUUUAAUUUUUUUAAUAUAUUAUACAUUGUUUGAACAUGGGUUUAAGAUGAAGGGAAUAGAGGCAUAUCACUUGUGUCUUCAUAAGGAUUAUUUUAUUAUGUGUAUUCUCAAGGACUUAUUUUGAGGCUC